GGUAUAUCCUCCCUAGUGGUAAUUUUGUAGAGGAGGCUGAAAUAAGAUAACCUGGAGAGGUUUAGUUCCUUCCUAAUGUUAUCACAAUUCGUCCGAAGAUUCCCUUUCUCUUGUUCAGACUUCUUAAGUUCUUCUUCAACAGCAUUCAUUCUAGAAAUAUUUUCCUUGUGCAUUUGAAAGAUUUUCUCCUGUUCUUUGUCUUUGAUAUUAAUCAUAUCUUGGAGGGUUUGCAGUGAUGUAUCUUUGUCUUUGUUAAGCUUGAUCAGGCUUUCAGUGUACGAAUCUUUCUGUUUUUCAAACAGAGCUUGCUGUUCUUUGGAGAGAGUAAUUUCUCCAUUAAGUUUUUCCGCAAGAUCUUUAUAUUCUUUUUGCAGCUUCUGGAGUUCUUCUCUUUGCUGUUUGCUUUCCUCUUUUAGCUGCUUGUUUUCUUCGCAAAGACUGUGUAUCCUUGCAUCCUCUUGCUUCACCUCUUCUUCUUUACCUGCCAUGCUCUGCUGGAGUACCGAAAUAGUUCCCUCAAGAUCUUGGAUUCUUGCUCGGAGUUCAUCAAUAAUUUCAUUGAGCUCAGAUUCCUUGUUUGCUGAUGUUUUCUUAAGUUCUUCGAGAGCUUCUUUAUGUUCUUCUAGAGCUUCUUUUUGCUCUUCAAUAACUUCUUUUUGCUCUUCGAUAACUUCUUUAUGUUCUUCGAUAACUUCUUUAUGUUCAUCUUUGAGCUCCCCAAGUGUAUCUUUUACAGUUCUUCAUUUGUCAUCUUCAUCAGCUAGUUUGGCAUCACGAUCUGAGAUUUCUUGCUGGUAUCUUCUCUCAAUUGCAUGCAUUCGGUCGCGAAGUUUCUCCAAGACUCUCUUGAAUAUUGCUGCAUACUUUUGCUUGAGCUCUACCUUGAUUACAUCGAUGUUUCUUUGGUCUUCUAGUCUAGAUUUCGUCAACCCUUUACUCCAAUCCUUAAUCACACACAAGUAUUCCUUGUCUUCUGUGAAAUGACUGUCGACAUUUUCAGCUUCUUUGUAUAAAGAUUCAUAUCUGAAAUGUUCUCCGGCUUUAUUUGCUCUUUGUAGCUUCUCUUGAAUUAGAUUAAGUUCUGCUUUUAUUGUAUAACUAAGGGCUUCAUAUUUUUCAGGUCAAGCUCCAUAAUUAAGAUUUUCGACAACAUUAAUAAACUCUUUGAGUCGUUCAUCAAGGACCUCUAUCCGUCUUCCUACAACAUAAGGGUUAAUAAGAACAGUGGAGGGAAACUCAGAAUAUGUUUUAAUAAUAGCUAAGCCGAUGGUCAGAGCAAAUAUACAGCUUCUUCUCGUCUACAUAGUGCCCGGCUCCUUCAAGACAUCCCUCAUGCUGGCAAUUUUGAUAAUUCAUCUUUAUCUUAAUUAUUUAGCAAGGAUUG